AAAGGGCCCUGGGUGAACGGUACUGACUGAUGAACAAGGAUGUCUGUCGGCUGAGUAGGUCCUAAAAAGGCUGUUGGAGAUUACUUCUGAGGCGACAAAGUAUAAAUAGCAGGAAAGAAUGCACAUGCAAAAUUUUAACUGAGUUUUCAAAGUCGGGGAACAGCGACAGGCAGCCAAAAUCAACCGGUAGAGGAAGAAGGCACAGGAGAUGGGAAGCAGAUACAAUCCCCAAACACUGGUUUCCCCUUUCCUCCAUAGGGAAAAUAAUGCACUGCGUAGACCUGUUUCUUCAGGCUCCAAAAUUGUUUAAACAUGGCCGCCUAUGGAGGCAGCAGCCAAUUAGUUGCUGGUGCUGGAACAAACAGUGAAGGUUUCUAGUUCUGACCAGUUGUGGUUAACUGAUCAACAGCCUGGCCUAGAGAGACACACAAGUUCCUCCCUCCUUCUUUUAAGCUUUUUCCCUUAUGCAGGGAUAGGAGUAACAAACCUGUACCUCAAGUGCAGAACAUGUGCUACAGCCUUUGCUGUAACCAACAGUAAGACAUUAUUAAUGUGGAAGCUGCUUGAUAACGGACUUGUGGGAGACAGCCAGCUUGCUAGGGCCAGUAAGGCUCACAGAACUGUGGGACUUGACUGCACACAACCCCUACACCACUCACCCACCAUAUUCCUUAAUGGUUCUGAAGACCUGUCAUUUCCCUUCAGUGAUAAGAGACCUCUAUUUUCUGAGAAUGGGUCAACUGUGUGGACGAUGCAUGCAGCUGCUGCGGGACUUCGUGGCCUUUGUUCAGAGGAUGUCCUCCGACUUGAUGCAUGGCAUCAAGGAAUGCCUAACUCUUAUAAGCAAAUGCUCCUGCUUAAAACAAAACAGAUCUAAAUCCAGACAACUGUACAAGCCCAUCCUGCAGCCUCAUGAGAGGGUGACAGCACAGGAGUUUCUGCAGCAUAUUGAAACAGGUUUUGAAAUGUCACCACCUGGAAAAGACCCUCUGGAAGCCUUGAGGACCUUAGCCUUUUCAGAAAAUGCAGGUUUACAGCAGUCUGCUGCCCUCUAUUACUUGCAUAUGAGUCAGCACAUGAACAUCCCCCUGCCUGUGGAGCAUCUGGAACCCUUCUAUGCCUUACUGCGGUCUGCUGACCUGGAGGUGCAGCAGAUGUCUUCCUUGUCCCUUGUCAACUUCUUGCUGGAAGGACAUAUUGACAAAGAAUUAGUUGUCCAAAUGGGUUUACUUGAGCCAAUUCUGGAUCUGCUUGAGUCAGAGGAUCCCACUGUCCAGUGUAAUUCCUGUGCCUGCACCAUGACUUUGGCUGUUUCAGAGUCCAACCGAGAAGCUAUUGGUGCUGCUCAAGGAGUUACACCCCUACUGUCCCUUGCCAAUUCCUACGAUCCUAGGGUCCAACAAAAUGCAGUUGGUGCUAUUCUGAACCUCACACAAUCAGAGAAAAUCCAACAGGUCCUAUGCAAGGAAGGAGCCGUACCAGUUCUUGCCUUGCUGCUGGAAUCUCCUGACCCAGAAGUGCAGUAUUACAGCUGUGCUGCCCUAAGCAAUGUGGCAGCCAAUGUUCAGCACCAUGAAGCCAUGCUGAGACACGGCAACAGAUUCCUGCUGCGCACACUCAUCUCUCUCCUAUCCUCUUCUGUGGACAAGGUUUCAAGCCAGGCAUGUGUUUGCCUAAGAAAUUUGGCUACCAGUGUGGACAUCCAGGCUGAGAUGGUUGCUGAGGACAUCCUACCCAAGCUGCUCUCUCUCCUGGCAUCUGGCAGCAAGGACGUGCGUUGUGCCUCCAUCGCUCUGCUCUGGAUACUGUCCCAGCACCCGCACAACCAGGAUACUCUGGCAUGUGCUGAGCUACUACAGAGCCUGGGCAUGCUACUGUCAGCAUAUAAAACAGACCCUGUGAUUGUUGGCCAUACUGCUUGUAUCAUCAAAAACCUGAGCCUUUCCAAAAACAUACAGAGAAUCAUUGAGAGCCCAUGUGUUGAAGGUCUCCUCCAGACCAUGCUUUCUACCGAUACUCAAGAAGACUCUCUCCGUUAUGUGACAUCUUGCCUUGCUGAGUUAGCAAAGCAAGAAGGAGCCACAUUACACAUGGUCCAAUGGAUGGAUGAACCCUUGACAAAAUGCUUGGUGAGACUGGCUGGCCAACUGGAACAUACUGAGCCAUCCUUUCAAGCUGCCUCCAUCAUCCAGCACAUGAUAGGUCAUGAAAAAAUGAUCCUUUUGUUGAAGCGUCACAUUGGAGAGAUUCAGGACUACCUCAAGAAUUUUCUUACACACCAAGAGAUCCGCUUUCAGCAGCUGGGCAUCUCUACAUUCUGCAGACUUAGAGAAGAUCCGGAAUUUUCAUUAGUGUUCAGAAAAAGCCAAAUGGCCAAACUCCUUGAGCAAGUCCGUCAACAAACAGAAGAAACUCAAGAGCUCCUCAGGGCAGCUAUUUGCCAAGAUGACAGUUAAUAUUUAAGUGACAAUAUUAACUUAAAACUUACCAGAUCCAAGAGCCUGAACUUUCAGAGAAGACAAUUCUUUUCGCUGGUUUCUGUAGCUAGUUUUCCUGCUACUUACAGUUUCAUCAUGCAAAAGAGAUGUUCCAAUAACAAGAAUUGGAGCAGGUCAAAAUGCAAUCCCUUGAACACUUUGGCUGACUUAAGUGUACUUGAGAACUAUGGCUACAUUCCUUCCAAUGGUUUGGAAAACACGUUACUCUUGGCUGAUCUUCCAUGGUUUGUUUUUGGUUCCCUCACCACCCCCUCCAAAAAAACAGUGCUGUAUUCAUGAAGUUUUAUUCAUGUACCAGCCUCAUUCUACUGAAGAAGCAUCUCUCAAGUACACAGGUUCCUCUGUAUUCACUUUUAUUUUAUCUCUGUUCCAUGUCCUUUUUUUCAGAGCAGACUCCAGGGACUUGACUUUAGAAAAUAACUGAAUUAACCCAUAGUAUAAAGGUAGCAAGCUACUAACAGGUUACUACAGGAAGUAACUGCUGAGGGACAACUCAGAAAAAUUGCAAGAAGUUUGUAAGUAACAGUAGGACAAGCCUUAAGGCUGAUGCCUGUGUACACUGUAGGCACUACUAGUCCAGCAGGAGCAAAGGCACACUGAGGCAGGUAAAUGUUGCAUAGAGCAUGUUCAGAACAUAGCAGCUACCAUACAACUUUGAGUGAGAUGUCUUUGAAUACAGAAGCCUCUGCUCUGCAAGUGGUAAAUUAUUUCCAAAGGUACUUGCAACAGGGAAAGAGUGAACAAAUCUGGCAAAAUUAGAAAUUGAUCUUAUAUUUUGAUAUUGAUGCUUCAUUUUAAAAGAAGUUAAAGAACAAAAAAAAAUAGUAGUAAUACGUUUAAAUUCAACUAAUUUUAUUACAUGUAUACAGGAUACUGUAUACAUCUAUCCUGUAUCUCCUCCAGGAGAGUCUGUCUUACAGACCUUUUAAGCUAAUCAAACCAGCAUUUUCAGGAAAAAAAUGUAGCACAGUCUUGAAAUUAUGCGGCACUUUUUUAAAUGCAGGUUUUAAUUUGUAAGAGAAUAGCAAUCUAAUAAUAAUAAUAGCCAUCAUCUAUUAGUAAUCCAGUUCCACCUUUGAUGAAUACACUUGUUUUUAAAUACAAGGCUGGAGCUUCAUGUUGAGCUGGCUGAAUACCGAAAUUUUGGAACCAUUCUCCUGGAAAAAACAUCUGCACCCAAGUAGAACAGUUUCUUAUGAAAACAUUUCUGAAGAGUUUCCUGUCAUUUGAUGUACUUCUGACCAUGCUAUAACUCUUGCAUGCACGUAGAGCUUUAGAGCUGCCACUGACUACAAACAUGGAAUAAAAGUGUGAUUAAAAAAAUAAUGUAAAAAACCCCCAUUCUGUUUUAACUAAGAGCUCAACAUUGCAUCAUUGCAUUUUACUGAGGCCCAAAUCUCUUAAGCUUAGUUUUGGUGCUUGGGGGAGGCAUUUCUGUUAAUAAUUCCUUUCAAUCAUUUCAAGUUCUCUCUAAUAGUGCUGUUUAAAAAAAACCAAAAAACAACUAAAAACACACUCAAAAGCCUCUCUGCAGUGCAGUAAAGGCCUGUUAAAGAACAGAGCACACAGAAACUUCAGAUAAAUAUUGAAAAUGCCAUAUAAAGCAUUAGGUGUGACAGGAAUUUUCUUUUGAAAUCUGAUGUGAAGGACUCAUGCUCAGCUGUGGGCAGUCAGUCUUAUUAAGACAGAAGACUACAGUAGAGCACUGAAUGACACAGCUAGACACAAACCCAGAAAAUCUCAAACUUCAGGCCACCUCCUUGGGUGAAUUUAGAUCAUUUUUCCAAAAAGAAAAUCAGUGCAGUAUUAAGUAACGGCAUUAGAAUCUGUCUGUUUUUCUUAGGUAUUUAAUUGCAAAAAAAUAUGUCAAGGUCCUCACAAGAAGGCAAAUAAAGCAUUCUUUAUCAGGAAUGAGGACAUAAGAGAUGUGAAACAAGCAAAACUAAUGGUGAACAACCCAGUAGCUAUGAGGUGACUCAAUGUCACCCCCCUAAGC